AUGAUGGUGGACCUAUGGGACGCACGCCACAGGUGCACCAGGAAGGAGCAGUGCGAACGGUCCAGCGAGCCCCGGAGGUUUGCCUCGGAGAUGAAGCAAUGUGUCCAACUCACCGUGCAUCCCAACAACAUCUCCGUCUCCCAGUACAGCGUGACGCUGGUGUUGGAGGCCUACAACGUGCCUGAGCUAUCCCAUGGAGUCAAUUGCUCCUUUGGAGACCUGGCAGAAAUGGACGGAGUGGUGUCAGGGAACAAGAUCAAGUGCCUGUCGCCAGCAGCCAAAGAGGUCCCGAAGAUCAUCACGGAAAAUGGAGACCACCACGUUGUCCAGCUCCAGCUCAAAUCCAAAGAAACCGGCAUGACUUUUGCCAGCACCAGCUUUGUCUUCUACAACUGCAGCGUCCACACCUCGUGCCUCUCGUGCGUAGAAAGCCCCUACCGAUGCUAUUGGUGUAAAUAUCGUCAUGUUUGCACCCACGAACCUCGCAAUUGUCACUUCCUGGAAGGACAAGUCAAACUCCCUGAGUAUUCCUAUGACGGGAUGGAGAUUAACAGCCUGCCGGUGGAUCUGACGGUCGUGUGGAAUGGGAAUUUCAACAUUGACAACCCAGCCCAGAAUAAAGUCCACCUGUACAAGUGUGGAGCCAUGAGGGACAGCUGUGGGUUGUGUCUGAAGGCGGACCCCGACUAUGAGUGUGGCUGGUGUGAAGACUUGAACCAGUGUACGCUGAAGCACCAUUGCCCCGUCCUGGAGAACCGUUGGCUGGAACUUUUGGGGACCGGCGGCAAGUGCACCAACCCCAAGAUUAUGGAA